GAUCGUUUCUCCCCAAUCCUUAGCUCUAAAACCCUUUCCCCCAACUUCAAAACCCUUUAGCUCAGCUCAGUACUCGCUCGUCCAAAUCUCAAUUUUCAUACAAUUUGGUGUAGGGUUCAUCAAAAUGUCAAAUCUCGAUGUAUCCCUAGACGAUUUAAUCAAAAGGAACAAAAGUUCCAGCAGUCGGAACCCUAGACCAAGAACAUCCGGAUCUGGAUCCGGAUCCGGAGGCCCCGGUCCAAGGCGUCACUUCCCUAACCGUGCCGCCAACCGUCCCGCUCCAUAUUCCUCCGGACCGGUUCACGCACCAGAGAGUACAUGGGACCACGACAUGUUUGCAGAGCAUGCCCCGGCGUAUCCAGCUGCCCGUGGGACCGGUGGGAUAUCCGGGAUUGAGACCGGUAUCAAGCUCCUCAUUUCAAACUUGGAUUAUGGGGUUUCAAAUGAAGAUAUCAAGGAGCUUUUCUCAGAAGCUGGUGAUAUAAAGCGUUACUCAAUUCAUUAUGACAAAAGUGGAAGAUCAAAGGGAACUGCGGAAGUAAUCUUUUCACGUCGAAGGGAUGCAGAGGCAGCUAUCAAGAAAUACAACAAUGUUCAGCUAGAUGGAAAGCCCAUGAAAAUUGAGUUUGCGGGACCAAACAUUGGUGCUCCUGCUCUUCCUCCAAUUAGAAAUCGUCUGUACAGAAAUCCAAAUCCUGCUCCAAGAAGUCAACAAAGAGGUGGUGGAUUUAGACGUCCUCCUCGAGGUGGUAGAGGGAGCAUGAGAAAGGAGGGUGGAAGGGGUAGAGGUCGCGGUGAGAACAUUUCUGCAGAAGAUCUUGAUGCCGACUUGGAAAAGUAUCACUCCGAAGCAAUGGAGACGAACUGACAUUCUGACAUGCUUGACGAGAUACUUGCCUUGUAACAUGUGCAAUCAUCCACAGGAUCGAAGGUUAUACUUCUUAUGAAUUGGUACAAACAAUUCCUGAAGAAGUGUGAUGAUAAAAGAUUCUGGGGAAAAGACCGAAAGGCGUAGAACCUACGUGCUGCCAGCCGAUCUUAAAACUUCUAUGUUAAGAGUGUGUUUUGUACUAUUGCCACAUUUUCUUCAGCUUUAAGCAUUUGAUGAUAUAGAACUCUUGCCUUGUACGUGCUCUGUAUUUUCCUGCCAUUGCUUUGCCUUCUGUUUGUUUUUAUGUAAACAAGAAAUUGUUGAGAAAUUCGUUGCUUUCAGAAACAGAUGCUGGAAAUGUUGUGAAAUUAUGGUUGGUGUGAAAAUAUGCAUCCGCAGUUGCUGUAA